AUGGUCUCUCACAUUCCAGCAGAGCCCGAGGAAAUUGGUGCUUUGAGAGCAAAGGAAGUCUCUCUGAAGAAGGACAUUAAAAAUUAUGAUUUGAAGGAUAAGGCAGAUAUCUCCCAUGAAGAAGUUGUUGGUCUUGUAAAAGUCUAUCAGGUGAUCUCCAGCUUUGUGUUCAUCACCGAAACGAUAUUUUCCAACUACUGCUCCUUCCUACUGUUUAGAGGAGGUAUCGGAGCCAAGGCUAUAUCCCAGCGCGAGGCCCUCGGACCGGCCUUUCAAGCAGCAGUGGUGCAGCAGAUCCGCGACCAGCUCCCCAGCAAGAUCCCGGUGAUCAUCGGAUGCUACAAGCGGGAGAAGCAGCUGCCAGUCCCGGAUAAGACCAAGUUCCUGGUCCCAGACCACGUCAACACGAGCAAGCUGGUCCAGAUCAUCCGGCGCCGCCUGCAGCUGAGCGCCACGCAGGCUUUCUUCCUGCUCGUGAACCAGCACAGCACGGUCAGCGUGUCCACGCCCAUCGCCCACAUCUAUGAUCCGGAGACGAACGAGGAUGGUUGCCUCUAUAUGGUCUACGCCUCCCAGGAAACCCUCCGGCUUCUGAGCCAGCACUAG